AAAGAAGCUCCAGAGUUUGAAGCUAUAUUUGUGAACUUUGUGAAGGUUCUACUUCAUGUUUAAUAUGCCACACUUAAUACAGAAUUAACGAUUACAGGAUAUUGUAGCGUUUCCCUGCAUCACAUGAAUACGACAUUAUCCAAGCUGCCUGAAGAUGGGGGGUGUGGAUGUUACAGGUUGUUGGUUGAAUGGAACUCCUACAGCUUUAAAGUUGUAUUGCUGCAAAAUGGAUAUGCCUGGAAUGGACAUGCAUCACAUGGCCACAUAGAGCAACUGAGUCAACUGCUACAACUGUCAGUUGAAGAGUACAUGAAUGAAACCAAAUUGGCGCUGUCCACACAAGGAGGAGCGAGACAUUUCACAUAUCUCAUUGAAGAUGGCAGAUUCGUGUGGAAAAAACUGGACCAAUGUUCCAAGAUCAGGAUGAAAUAUGGUUACAUCCAAUUGCAAGAAACUACAUAUUAUGAGGCAGCAGAGGUGAUGCUGGAUUCAUUGCUGGAGCAGUAUUGCAACAUCAAGAUGGAAGCUGAUGGCCUGCAGAAGACUAAUAUGGUAGCAGAGCGAGAAAGGGCUGUCUUGAUGGAGAAAUUGGUGGAGUACAAGAAGCAAAAGCUGGAGAUGGAACACCAACUGUUUGGCCGAUUCCUGGUAGUUCUUAAUAGCAAGAAGGAGUAUAUUCAGCAGCUAGAAGACAGGCUUCUUGCUGGCAACAAGCAGCCUGCUGUAACCGAGCGUAGUAUCCACGAACCAGUGCAGGAUGAAAGCAGUCCAGAUCAUUAUGACAGUGAGACUGAUGUUGAGAUCACAGAUGAUGAGAGGAAAACUGACAGGAUCCUGCUGAGUGUCACAGAUAAUCUCUUUGAUGAUGACAGAAAGCCAUUGAGCACCAUACCAAAGCGUGUAAGCCGUCCCAAGAGGCAUGUCUUGGAGUCAGAAGCUGGACCAAGUUCAAGGAAAGUCACCAGAACCACUGUGGAGAGUGGACACACCAGAGAGUUCAGCUCACAGGACUUAUUGGAGGACAUUUAAUUAUAGCAGAAACAGUGAAAACACUAUCAUCAUCACCUGAUAUUAUCAGUUCCUCUUGAACAUAUGACACACAAAAGAUGACUGUCACAACUGUCUCACCAGUGAACAAAUUAUAUUCCUCCCAAAGUGAAUGGCAUAUUUGGAAAGAAACGUAACAUGGGACCUUAGACUUCAGCUUUCUCACUGGCCAGAUAAUUAUUGGACUUUGUUGGAAAUUACAGGUAGAUUUUUCUGUCUGUCCACGGGAUUGCGUGACAGGAUUAGUGGGGGCCACUGUCAUCAUGUCUGAUGCAAAAAAGAGCUGGCCUUUGGAAUAUCAGGCCUUUAGAAAUUUCAAAGGUGCAUAUUCCAAAUAGUAAAGACUGUGAACACAUCAUGUGGGUAGCAAUGAAGAAGCAAAAAAGGUGGUUAAAAGACUGGUUCAGUGGGCUGGUGGAAGAUUUCUAUGAUGUGGGCAUACAGAAACUUGUCACGCGAUACAUCAAGUGCCCAACCUUCAUUGGGGUUAUGUAGAAAAAUGCUUCUACAUCUGUAGUAAUGAUGUAAUAUAAUAUUUUUUUUUUAUCACCAAGCAGUCUUUAGUUUCUGGACCCUCAUACUUGCAGCAUUGUUGCAGUUGCAUGCUUGAAGGUAAAAUUGCUUUGCUGAUGAAAUAGAAAGAUGUUUAAUGUAAGACAGCAUUAUUUGAAACUGGAAUAUAUGCAUUGUGGGGUGAGGCAGUAUAAAUGUUUCUUGCAUAACCCAUGCACCAAAGUCAUGAUUUUCUGGAAAUGAAGUGCCCCUCAUAUACCACCAAGGACAUUAUUUCUGACCUCUGCCUCACUGCAGUGUCUGCUGAUUUAAUUUGUCUGCUAGUGCAUGGGCAGUAUCAGGAGGGGCAAGCCAGGCAUCUGCCCCCUUCAUCUGAACCUGGAUUUUCAAAAGGUAUAAAAAAUUGAAGGAAUGAAAGAAAUAUGCUAACAGAAGUAUUCAUAGGUGUACUUGAAAUGCAUAAACUGACGCUUGUAAGCAUAUUUUCUGGUGCUUCCCCCAGAAAGUACACAUAUAAUGGUGGUACCCAUGCUCUAGUAAAUUGUACUGUGGAGUGAAUGAUCUUUCAGUAGUGUGUUAGUAUUUGAUAAUGGCUUCAAAGUCACUGUUGGAGCAUCACUGGAACAGAAAUAUAGGUUCUGGAUGGAAACAAA